AUGGCCCCCAAGCCCAACCCUGCUAGGCCGGACACCGACCCCGUCCACGGCCAGACGGUCGAGGACAAGCCGGCCAACCCGACGCCGUCGACGUCGUCGGGCCCCUCGGCACGCGAGCGUCUCGCUUCGCUCGCCUCGCACCUGCUGCCCGGCGGCAACACCGAGUUCGACUAUGUGAUCGUCGGCGGCGGCACGGCGGGUGCGGUGCUGGCCAACCGUCUCACCGAGGACCGCAACGUCUCGGUGGCCGUGAUCGAGGGCGGCCCCACGGACGUGGGCAACGACAUGGUGCUCGACCUCAGCCGCUGGCUCGAGAUGCUCGGCUCGGAUCUCGACUACGACUAUCCGACGGUACCGCAGCCGCGCGGCAACUCGUUCAUCCGCCACUCGCGCGCGCGCGUGCUCGGCGGCUGCUCGUCGCACAACACGCUCAUCUCCUUCCGUCCCUUCAACGCCGACCUGGACGACUGGAGCAACAACUACGGCUGCCCCUCGUGGAACGCCAGCAACGUUCAGCCGUACGGCGACCGCCUCAAGAUGAACAUCGUGCCGGUUGCGCCGCAGCAGCGCAACCAGGUGGCGCGCGAUUGGGUGCUCGCCUCGUCGCGCGCUACGGGCGCGCCAGUGCUCGAGGAUCUCAACGCGCACAUUGUGCACCGCGGCGGAUUCCAGAAGGCGGUGGGCUUCUUUGAUAUUGCCUACGACCCGUACUCGGGCCAGAGGAGCAGCGCUUCCGUCGCCUACCUCCACCCGAUCAUGCCGCACGGUCCGUACAAGCGCCACAACCUGCACCUCUUCCUCGAGACGUGGGCCAACCAGCUCGAGUACGCCGCCAACGACUCGAGCAAGGUCACGGGCGUCAAGGUCACCACCAAGCACGGUCUGUCCAAGACGCUCACUGCGCGCCGCGAGGUCAUCCUGUGCGCAGGUGCGAUCGACACCCCGCGUCUGCUGCUGCACUCGGGUAUUGGUCCGCGCAAGGACCUCGAGGCGCUUGGACUGCCGUGCAAGCACGAUGUGCCCGGCGUGGGCGAGAACCUCACCGACCAUCCCGAGUCGAUCGUCAUGUGGGAGACGCGCGACACCCCGCCCGAGACGGUCAUGUCUUCGGAUGCCGGUCUCUUCCUGCGCGUGCUGCCGCAGGAUGCCGAGCCCAACGCGCACCCGGGACCGGAUCUCAUGUUCCACAUCUAUCAGGUGCCGUUUGCGGACAACACGGAGCGCGUCGGAUACGAACGUCCCAAACACGCCAUCUGCAUGACGCCCAACAUCUGCCGCUCCCAAGCGCGCGGCAAGGUCUCUCUCGCCUCGGCCAACCCCAAGGACAAACCCCUGCUUGACUUCAAGUACUUUGAGGACAAGGACAACUACGACGAGCGCAUCCUCAUCGAGGGCGUCAAAUGGGCGCGCAAGAUCGCCGAGCAGUCGCCGUUCAAGGAGCACCUCGUCAAGGAGAUCGCCCCUGGCCCCAAGAUCACCAACGACAAGGACAUUGGUGAAUACGCCAGGAAGGUGGCGCAUACCGUCUACCACCCGGCAGGAACGUGCAGGAUGGGAACCCCGGCGCCCAUGCACGGCGGAAAGGGCAAGGACAACUCGGUGGUCGUCGACGAGAAGGACCUUAGGAUCGUCGGUCUCAACGGCGUCAGGGUGUGCGAUGCAAGUGUGCUCCCUACCCUGCCCACCAUCAACCCCAUGCUCACCAUCCUCAUGGUCGCAGAGCGUGCCGCCGAGAUCAUCCGUGACGACGCCUGGCACAACGGCCUCCGCAAGGGCUACUGA